CGUGAGGGCAGAGCCGAGCCCAAGGAGGGGAAGGGGCCGUGAGGGCAGAGCCGAGCCCGGAGCAGCGGCCAGGACGGAGCGCAGCGGGCCAAGGAGGAGCCGGGGGUCGCUUUCCCCCGCGGACAUGCCGAGGUGGAACAGCGGGGACGGACACACGGCCGCCGGCUUCUGUGAGGCACCGGGUGGUGCGAGCUCCGGUGUCCCCGCAUGAGGGCGUUGGGGGAAAUUCCUAAUAAACGAGGAGAAAUACGGCUUGUGAUUGUGACACACAACUACUCUAUUUCAUCCGGCGGUGUGAGGGAGACAAACCAAACACAUUCACAGCAUAUCCCGGGUUGGAAGGGAUUACAGGGAUAAGGUCCUGGGUGGACCUUGCUGGCCAUAGCCCCGGGACUCGGUGGCUUACCCAGGGAGGGGUGAAAAGCUGCUGAGGGUAAUGUCAGUGGGGGCGAAAACCUGACCCGGAUUUGAAGUUUUUAAAUUAAACCAGCCCUAAAUUUAAGCUGAGAUAUGCGCAGGGUGGAUGAAAGCAGAGCCCGGCAGCUCCUGGGGGUCUGCGGUGCUGGGGGCUGAGGGAGGACGAGACUCUCCUUAGUGCGAGUGGGGGAUGGAGCAGCACAACUCGGCUGCAGCGGCUUUAAUUCAAGUUGCGUCGAUUAUCUAUUUAUUUAUUUUCACGGGGCGGUUGAGUGGAAGGCUGGAUUUACGGAGGAACGGAGCCUCCCCUCCUCUCCGGGCGAGGGUGGCGCCGCUUCCCGGGGCUGGAACCGCCUUCCCGGGGGCUGGAGCGCGGCGUGCCCGGGGCUGGAGCGCGGCUUCCCGGCAGCCGAGCCCCUCUUCCCCGCGGCUGCCCGGCCAUUCCAGCCCCCUUUCCGCUGCUCCGUGGAGCUGAUGGCUGCAGCCCACCUCUGCAUAGGGGUGUGUGAACUUGGUGGAACUCGGGCUUUUUGGGCGAAAACCUCCCCUCAGCGAGCAUGCCUGAGCAGAGCAAUGAUUACAGGGUGGUGGUGUUCGGAGCAGCGGGGGUCGGCAAAAGCUCCCUGGUCCUGCGCUUUGUAAGGGGCACUUUCAGGGAAACCUAUAUCCCCACCAUCGAGGACACGUACCGGCAGGUGAUCAGCUGCGACAAGAGCAUCUGCACCCUGCAGAUCACGGACACCACGGGCAGCCAUCAGUUCCCUGCCAUGCAGCGCCUCUCCAUCUCCAAAGGGCAUGCCUUCAUCCUGGUGUACUCCGUCACCAGCAGGCAAUCCAUGGAAGAUCUUCACCCCAUCUUCGAUGAGAUCUGCCAGAUCAAAGGCGACAUCCAGAAAAUCCCCAUCAUGUUGGUGGGGAACAAAAGCGACGACACGCAGAGGGAGCUGGAUGCCAGCGAGGGGCAAGCGCUGGCCAGCAAGUGGAAGUGUGCCUUCAUGGAGACCUCGGCCAAAAUGAACUACAACGUGCAGGAGCUCUUCCAGGAGCUCUUGAACCUGGAGCAGAGGAGAACUAUCAGCCUCCAGGUGGAUGGAAAGAAAUCCAAACAGCAGAAAAAGAAAGAUAAACUGCAAGGCAAAUGCUCUGUUAUGUGAUUGCCUUUGGCUGGACUUGCUGCACGGCGCAGCUGGAGCGUGGACUCCCACAGAAAAUACAUUUCUGGAGGUUUUGGAGGAAUCCACGCCUUGCAGGGUUGUUGCUUUCCUCUAAAAUCCCCACUGGGUAAUUGUAUGUGUUGUUUUUAAGGAGGAUGGCUUCUGCAUGUUUAUUUUUUUUUAAGCAAUAAAUGUUCUAUGUUAGCAAUUACCUGUGACUAGAAGUUUUUAAUGUAAGUAGUUUUCCAAAGAAAAAAAUGUCUGUCAGAACAAACCUCUUUCUUGUGAGUACUUGCCAGUUUUUAAAUAUCUCCAGCCUGUUAAGUCAGAGGAAAUCAUCUAUAAUGCGUAGAAUUAAAUUGUUUUCAGGAAUCUAUUGACCAGAGCAAAUCUCUAACAAAGUGAGGCAUUUGCUCU